AUGUCUUUACAAAAUAAGGGAUUCUGGACGGUCAAAGGAUCUGGACAUGUUAGUGACAGAGAGCCAGUAUUUGAUAAUCCUUCCAAAACUGAACCAAAACGACCUCAUCAAUGGUUAAUUGAUGCAACUGAAGGGGAUUUUUUGCCAAACAAGAAGCAAGCAAUAGAAGAUGCAAAUGAAAGAUCUAGUUCAGGAUUUUCAAAUGUUAAUUUUACUCCGUGGGAGAACAAUCACAAUUUCAGUUCAGUCCCAAACCAAUUUAUUGAUCGGUUAUUUGGAUCUGAAACUAGGCCUGUCAAUUUCUCUGAAAAGAAUACUUAUGUUUCUGCUGAUGAUUCUAAUAUGAGAUCAAAGAUGAUCUCCAAUCAUUAUGGAGAUGAUGCAUCUUUUGGCUUGUCUAUAUCUCAUUCUGCUGAAGAUUCUGAACCAUGUAUGACUUUUGGGGGAAUCAAGAAAGUCAAAGUAAAUCAAGUUAAGGAUUUCGACAUUGUACAAGCUCCAGAGGGGCAUGAUUUUGAUAGGCAGAGUAAGGAUGAUCUACAUCAAGCCUAUAAUGGGGAAAUUGAGAUGAGAUCUGGGUCAACAGGGCAAGCCUUUGACAAGGAUGGCAAUGUCGCUUUACUGGGACUCACCUAUAGCAGAGGGGAUGCCCAUAUAAGAUCGUUUGGUACCCCCUUUGGCAAAGUAGAUAACACUGUCCUAUCAAUUGGUGAAUCCUAUAAUAAAGAGGACAAAAAUAUAAUUUCUUUUGGAGGGUUCCUGGAUGAACGGGGAGCUAUCUCUAUGGGCAGGGCUACUACAGACUAUGAACAAUUAUAUAAUCAAUCAUCAGUUCAUGUGUCAGCAACAGUUCAUGAGAAAGAGUUGGAUGCAUCAAAUUCCGGUGUAGCUGAAAGUACUCCUUCGGUGGCAACAAUAAAGCCUGAAUCUGUGACCAAGAAUAAACAAGAUAUCAAAAGGAAAGAAUCUCCAAACACCUUCCCUACUAAUGUCAGGAGCUUGAUAUCUACUGGUAUGCUUGAUGGUGUUCCUGUGAAGUAUGUCUCGGUGGCGCGGGAGGAACUUCGUGGUAUUAUAAAAGGCUCUACCUAUCUUUGUGGGUGUCAGUCAUGCAACUAUUCUAAGGGUCUGAAUGCUUAUGAGUUUGAAAGGCAUGCCGGUUGCAAAACAAAACAUCCAAACAAUCAUAUUUAUUUUGAGAAUGGGAAGACAAUAUAUCAAAUAGUACAGGAAUUGAGGAAUUCCCCAGAGAGUUCGUUGUUUGACACAAUUCAAACUAUUUUCGGCGCACCAAUUAAUCAGAAGGCAUUCCGCAUUUGGAAAGAAUCAUUUCAAGCAGCAACACGUGAGCUUCAGCGUAUUUAUGGAAAUGAAAGACGCAACCUCUAA